GUGAUGCAAUUGCUGUCCAUUACAGGAAGCACUUCAGUGCUCACCUCAGACAUGUGCUAAAGGCCUCAACAUACUCAGAUGGGAGCUACACAGAACACCAACGAGAGUGCCAAGGACUGACAUGCUGCGAGUGCCAGGACCCCUGCGGUUGGUACAGCGAUGAAGUCUGCUGAUCUAAGGAAGGAGCUGGAGUGUUCCGUCUGUCUGAACAUAUAUAACGAUCCUGUGACCCUGAAAUGUGGACACAACUUCUGCCGGGACUGUAUUGGUCGUAUGUUGGAUACACAGGAGGGGUCUGGAGGUUAUUCCUGUCCUGACGGUAGACAAACAUUCAGGAAACGUCCCGUCCUUCAGAGGAACAUAACACUACGUAACAUAGCAGAGAAUUUCCAGUCCACCCAUCCAGAUCAGGAGGAGUCCGGGGUCUUCUGUACUUACUGUUUUCACACUCCUGUACCUGCUGUGAUAUUCUGUCUGAUGUGUGAAGCUUCUCUGUGUGACAAUCACCUGAGAGUCCACAGCAAGUCACCAGAACACGUCUUAUGUGACCUCACCACUUCCCUGGAGAACAGGAAAUGCUCCGUCCAUAAGGAACUACUAAAGUAUUACUGCACUGAGGACUCCUACUGUAUCUGUGUGUCCUGCAGGCUGGAUGGAGAACAUCGGGGACACCAGGUGGAGACUCUGGAUGAGGCCUCUGAGAUGAAGAAGAAUAAACUGAGGAAUGUUCUGCAGAAACUGAUGACAGAGAGAGAUGAGAUGGAGAAAAGAGUCCAAAGUCUACAGGAACACAGGAGGAAAGUACAAGGAAAAGCAGAUGAUGAAACAGAGAGAGUCACUGUCCUGUUCAGAGACCUCAGGAGACGUCUGGAAGACCUGGAGAAGAGAGUCCUGAGGGAGAUCUCCGGGCAGGCAGAGCGGAUAUCUCUACCACUGUCUGAUAUGAUCCAACAGCUGGAAAAAAAGGAGGAGGAGCUGUCCAGGAAGAUGGGGGACAUUGAGAAGCUGUGUAACAUGACGGAUCCACUAACUGUCCUACAAGAAUCAGACACAGGUGACUUGUGUAAUACUGAGGAUGGAGAUGAUGAGGACAGAGAGAGAUGUGAUAAACUCCUCCAUGAUGGAGGGGAUCUGGAUGUGGCGGGGAUCUCACACACAUUACACACAGGGUUAUCUGAUAUCAUGUCUGGGGUACAGAAAUGUACAGGCACACAUUUCUCUCCACAUUCUACUAGAAAGGGCGAAGGUCUCACCAAUGCUGAACCAUCCAGGAAACGCCUCAAAGCCUCCCCCACCAUACAGCCAUCUAAGCCACCCCAACCCUCCCCCACCAUACCACAUAGCCAGGCCGGAGGACCAAAUAUUGGGGCUGCACAGCAAACAUCGGGGGUGUUGGGGUUUACAGACAUAUUACUGGAUGUGAGCACAGCUAGUAAUUAUCUCCAUAUAUCAGAUGACAGGAAAACUGCAUCCUGGUCAUCAUCACAUCAGAAUCGUCCAGAAACGCCAGAGAGAUUUCGGUGUUCUCAGGUGAUGAGCAGUCAGAGUUUCUCCUCAGGGAGACAUUACUGGGAAGUGAAUGUCGGGUGGGCAUAUAACUAUAGAGUCGGGAUGUGUUACCCCAGUAUAGACAGGAGAGGAGAGCAGUCGGUGAUUGCAUUUAAUAAGAAGUCAUGGGGUCUGGAGAAAUGGGGGGGUAAACAGUGCUCAGUGACACAUGACAGUAAGGAGAUCCAAUUAUCCAGCAGUAUCUCCAGUAAGAGAGUCAGGAUAGAUCUGGAUUAUGAGGCUGGGCGCAUCUCCUUUUAUGAUCUUUGUGACCCGAUCCGACAUCUCCACACCUUUACCACCACCUUCACUGAGCCCCUCCAUGCUGGGGUAUGGAUAUGUAAUGGUUGUAUAAAGAUAUCUGGGGGGAAUCAGAGGUGAGAUAUCAUAAGGUGGAGAAUCUGAAUGGUGUAAUACUCAGCCAAUAGGAGUUAACAGUUAAAACAACACGACACGAUUUAUUUAUAAAGCUGCAGGUUCUGGGGGCCAUCAUCUUCAUCCUAAACCUCACUUCAGUGAAGUGUGUUACUGACCAGGAAAAAGCAUGCGGGAGGUCAGAUUGUUCAGACUUCACUGGCUGCAUGCUUGUUCUGGGUCAGUGACACACUAGGAAGCAGAGCCAGGUUCAGGAUGAUAGCCCUGUAGCCUGCACCUUUUAUAGUGCAUCUGUAGCCAUACUUUUUUGAAGGUUUGGAUGGACUGGGGAAGGAUUAGCCCCCUGUUUUGUACUGCUAUCCAGGGCUCCUAUAGAGGCAUUUCCCUUCACUUCCUGUCCUGGUGACAAUGUUUUACUAGGCAGGAAGUGAGGUGAACUCUCCAACAGACAGACAUAAAAAUGCUUUUAUUUUCUUUAAUUGAGGGAAGGCUGGAACCUCUGUCAGGUUUUUAUUUUGUCUGUAUCCUUUGUGGGGUUUCCUUCAUUUCCUGUGUUCUGCCCUCAUUAUAUGUGGCUGAGGUAUAAUUAGACAAACCGCCAACUAUACUCCCUUAACAACUCAUUGAGGCAGGCGCAAGGUUCUUUUUUUCAACUUUUAUUGCAGGGAAGUUAGAGUAAAAAUAAAAGAAAUAACAUACAAUGAGUAUACACAAUAUACAAAUCUACAGUCCUAACACACUAGUCUAACUAGGGAAAGGGAUAUGAAAAUACCGGCGAUGUUUCCAUUAGGCUGACAUUAGAAUUGCAGCUGAAUAGGUGUGGAGUUCUCUGGAGACGGUGCAUGGAUGAAGGAGGAAGGUGGCUACUGGGAGCCACUAGAUGGCAAUAUUACAAUUUACUUUUCAUCUAUUAGCAUAUUCAACAAUUAAACAAAAGCACAUAAACCCUUGCUGAAGGUAUGACAUCCUGUCUGAUGAAACCUUGUCACCAGGACAGGAAGUGAGUUGAAAUCUUUCUAAUAAAGUAAAAACCUGACAGGGGUUUUAUGCAUCCCCAACUCCAUCCAAAAACUAGUACAGUAGGAUUUGUCUGUACAUACAUCUAAUAUGCAAACAAUUAAUGCAUUCGUAUGCAUGCCAACUAAUCAGUCGACCAUUUAUUAAUAUUAAAAAUAGUUGAAAACUAUUUUCAUAAUCAAUUAUUCUGAUUCGUUUUUUCAGACCUUAUUUCCUCCUAUGGCCCUAUUCAUCUAAUAAAGAGAAAUAAUUAUGAUAUACUACCAACUACUAAAUAAUGAUGAAAUUACAUGACUAAGUGCUUAUUUGCUAAUGUUGGGACCCUUGUAUAAUAUCAGAUUCUCUGUCUAGAAUGACUUUACAGAAAGAUGUUAUUAGAACAAAUUGUUGAUCUCCGGAUCCUUGGAAGGUCUUGUUGUGGAACAUAGAGACAGUUGGUCUCCUCAUUCUACAAUGAGGGAUUUGAGAGUCUGGAGGUCGGCCAAACUGAUAAGAUGUUCAGAGAUAACAGAAAUGAAUGUCUCUUGUAAUGAAUGAUGUGCUGUUGUAGAAAUUCUUAGGUGAAUGAUUUAUUAUGUAAAAUGUUGAUGUUUGGAACGGUCCUCCGUGACAACUGUUCAGGAUUGGAGGGUAAAAUCUUCCUGUCUGAUGAAGAGGUCAGAUCCUUGAUCCUCCUGCCAUGGCCAAUAGGUGCAGAAACGCCCCUCUCCCAAGUCACUACUUGUCUCCACCCACCACACACACAACACAAUCACCAUCCUUUGUUUCUACCCCAUACCCACCUCCCAGUACCACCUCUUCUUUUUUUCAUAAGUAAUCUUUAAGGAAUUUGGUCAUUAUAAUAAGAAAAUGAGUAAAAUGGAUCCCCUGCAGCCAACUACGAUAGCCCCCCAAGCAAAAAAAGACCCCCCCCCACAAUAAUAGACACCCCAAAAAAAUAACAGAUUCCCCCAGCAACAAUAUACUGCUUGCAACAAAAUACUGCCCAACAAAAACAGACCUGCCCCAGGACUAAUGAACCAGCAACAAUAGACUCUUCAGUAGCUACAACAAUAGACCCUCCAGUAGCUAGCAAUAAUAGACCCUCCAGUAGCUAGCAACAAUAGACCCUCCAGUAGCCAGCAACAAUAGAUCCCUCCCUAAACAGUAGAUCUCUCCCAGCAACAAUUGACCUACUAACAACCUAAUACCCCCCAGCAAUAAUAGAUUCCCCAGCAACUGGCAUCAUCAGACCCUUCAGCAUAUUCCAUUACCCCUUGCCAAUGCAUACAUUCAGUGCUUUUAGAGUCGUCCCCCCGGCUGCAAAAAAGCCCCGGCCAUGUCUAAGGAUCUCCGCACACCUUCAUCUCUCUACUUUCUAAUUUUAACUUUUACUUUGUAAAUCUUCUCUUCUAAAUAAACGUUUAAAACCUUCA